GCCCAUCCUGAUACCAAAAUUUACAACUUUGAUAAAUAUGAUGGAUGGUCUAGUUUGGAAAAUAUUUGGAGGCAAGUUCUAGAGUUCCGUAGUUUUUUGGAGGUAAUUGGAAGGAAACAUCCAGAUGGUAUCAACGUAGUAGGGUACUCUCAAGGGGGACUUAUAGCUCGGGCUGCUAUUCAAACUCUUCCUUUUCAUAAAAUUAAUGUUUUCAUUUCACUCUCAUCACCACAAGCUGGUCAAUUUGGAGCGAAUUUUUUGCAUCUUGUAUUUCCGGAUUUGGCAGCAAAUACUGCUUAUGAGCUUUUUUAUUCAAAAAUUGGGCAGCACAUAUCGAUAGCGAAUUAUUGGAAUGAUCCUUUAGAGCAAGAUUUAUACUAUAAAUUUAGCAAAUUUUUGCCAAUAAUAAAUAAUGAAAUACGAACACAUAAUUCUAGCCAGUACAAAAACACUUUACUUCGUUUGAAUAAAAUGAUUUUAAUAGGAGGUCCAAAUGAUGGCGUAAUUACCCCUUGGGAAUCUAGUCACUUUGGAUAUUUUAACACAACAUUGAAUGUAAUACCUCUACACAAGCGACCAAUAUACAUUGAAGAUGCAAUUGGUUUGAAAUCUCUCGAAAAUAAUGGCAAAUUAGUAAUAAUCAUCAAGCCAUUUGUCCAUCAUCUUACAUGGCAUAAAAAUCGACGCGUCAUACAAGAAGUAAUUAUUCCAUACCUGGAUUAAAUAUUUUAUUUGGGUUUGUGCAAUUCAAUAGCUUUACCUUAAUACACAAGUGCAUUUACCAAAAAAUUUUUCGUUUGAAUGUKGUGGAAGUAACCAAGUUCCAUUGGAAAUUCAUCAAUGUUUUAAGUCUUUCUCUUUUCUAAAGCUCAUUAACUUUCAAUUACUUAAAAGAAAAAAAAAUGAAUUAAUGAAG